UAGAGCGAGAGAUGCGAGCGCACGUCGUUCCUGCCGUUUGUCAGUAGUUCAGUUUGUCGGCGACUCGGUGGCAGAACGGUGUUGUGCACUCUUGUUUGAGCACUCGCACGGACCCACCGCUUACCAUUCUAUCUGUGAUACACUUCUUAUUGACUUCAGAAUUUCGUCGUACUUAAUAUUUUUACAUGUUUUAAUUAUAAAUAAAAUUUUGAAUUUAUUAACGUCGUGAUAAAAAAGUGGCCCUGGGGACGUGAGUGCGGUUAGUUUUUUCGUGGAAUCGUAUAAAGGCUAUUGAAUCCUAAUUCAAUACGUCUUUUCGUACAGUGAAAUUAAUCCUGCAACAUGGACUCAAAAGUGGUGCUAACGGAGAAAAACCCCAAUGAUCAAGCAGGUUUUUUAUCAAAAGUAUUUUUAUGGUGGAGCAUACCACUUUUCAAACGAGGAUACAAACAAGGACUAACGAUAGAUGAUCUCUUCCAAGCCCGCAAUAAUGAUCAUUCUGGUCGCUUGGGCGACCGACUCGAGCAGUCGUGGCUAAAGGAAGUAGAAAAAUGUAAAAACAAAAAAGACAGACCUUCUCUCACCAGAGCAAUCGUAAGCUGCUUCUGGGUCGACUAUAUGAUGUGUGGAUUAUUAGUAGGAUUGCUUGUCGUUAUUUUAUGGCCCAUGAUACCCUUCGUUCUAGCAUUGUUUAUAGAAUAUUUUGCUGGGGAAAAGACGCCCGAAACAUAUAAAAAUGCACAUAUUUAUAAUUUUGUACUGAACUUUUUAUCGAUUUUGACCGCUCUAAUGUUUAGCCACGCGACUCUAACCCAGAGCUGUGUCGGUAUGAGAGUCAGAAUAGCAGCUUGUUCAAUAUUAUACAGAAAGAUCUUGAAGCUGAACCGGAUCGGUUUGAGUAAAACAGAAGCUGGACAAGUCAUCAAUUUGAUGUCGAACGACGUAAACCGUUUCGAUCAAGCUGCUUUAUAUUUGCACUACAUCUGGGUGAUGCCAAUCUUAGUGCCGUUGGUCUCUUAUCUCGUGUGGCAACACAUCGGGGUUGCGACCUUAUCUGCUCUCGCCGUCAUAUUCAUACAAGCUGUAGUAAUACAAGCUUAUCUAAGUAGAAGUCAAGGUACUUUUAGAGGGAAAAUAGCAAAACGUACUGAUCAAAGAGUUAAAGUGAUGAGCGAAUUAGUAAACGGCGUGCAAGUAAUUAAAAUGUAUGCAUGGGAAAAGCCGUUCGAGAAGCUGGUAGAUAAACUUCGAAAAUGGGAAGUUAAGUUUAUUCUACGUACUUCGUACAUCAAAGGUUUUUCGAUAGCCCUCAGCGUCUUCACAGAACGUUUCAUUUUAUUCGCUGCUGUGAUUACUUUCGUAGUGUUAGGAGGAGAAAUUCGAGCGGGCAUCACUUUUUCUCUCGUUCAAUACUAUAAUCUGUUGCAAAUGGCUUGUAACAUUUUCUUCCCGUUGGCGCUGGCGAUGGCAGCCGAAUCUAGAGUUUCCAUUAGACGACUCGAGGACUUUUUAUUACUCGAAGAGUUGGAUAAAGAAGAGACAAAAUUGGUCGGGAUAACUCCUAACAUCUUAAGCAACGGAUCUGAAAAAGAUAACGUAAACAGUAAAUACAAACCUUCGACAUUGGUACUGUCGAACCUAAGUGCCAGCUGGCAAACCAACCCUAUCGUGCACACGCUGAGGAACAUCUCCCUGACCGCCCACCCCGGCGAGUUCGUCGGUGUCGCUGGCCUAGUGGGUUCGGGCAAAUCUACCCUUCUACAAGUGAUCCUGGGCGAGCUGCCACCGGCACAAGGCACGAUCAGUAUCGGAGGCGCCCGCAUCGCAUACGCGAGUCAAGAACCGUGGCUCUUCGUAGCUACCGUCAAACAGAACAUACUAUUCGGUCUGCCCUACGACAAACUGAGAUAUAAGAAGGUGGUGACCGCGUGUGCUUUACUUCGCGAUUUCGAGCAACUACCGCACGGUGACGCGACGCUUGUUGGAGAGCGAGGAAUAAGCCUCAGUGGGGGACAGCGCGCGCGUAUUGGACUCGCGCGAGCUUGCUAUAGAAAUGCCGAUAUCUAUCUUUUGGAUGACCCGUUAUCAGCUGUAGACACUCAUGUCGGCAAACAUUUGGUAUCUGAAUGCGUGAUGGGACUUCUACGACACUCUACGAGAAUUCUCGUCACCCAUCAAUUGCACCACCUUAAGAGCGCUGAUAAGAUUGUGAUUCUGCAAAAUGGUGAAAUUGAUACUCAAGGUACUUUCGAUGAAGUAUCAAAAACUAAGUUGUUCGAAGAAUUGCUUCAAGAAGAAGAGACCGAGGAAGACGCUGGCAAUCGUGGUCGGCUACUGAGACAGCGAACUAUGUCUAUUCAGUCACACUCAAGCGUCAGUACGACGGCGGAAAACGCGGCAGAGGAAUUGGAAGAAGAAGCCCAGGAAACUUCUGAAUUGAUGGAAAAAGGUCGAGUAUCAGGAAAAGUGUACAUGAAAUACUUCCGCGCCGGCACCGGUUGGUGUCUGCUGUCAACUACCAUCAUUUCAAUCAUUGUUGCUCAGAUCGUCACCUCUGCGACCGAUCUGUGGCUCACAUAUUGGAUGAACUCUGUGGAGGAUAAUGUCUCAAGACUUAAAGAAAGAGAAAACACUGGCAACUUAAGUUUGAUCGGCAACAGCUCGCGCAGUAACAACUCACUCAGUAACGGCUCGUUAAGUAACGAUGAAGUUUUGGACACUUUAAAUAGUACCUCGUCUCUGGGGAGCUUGGUAUCGAGCACCACAAUGAACCCUAACCUCACGGUCAUCGGCACCAUGGUGAAGACAGCUAUGGCAAUGAAUAAUAUGACGUCAAACGAAGCACCAUUUGAUCAUUCAAUAUACAUGUACGUCUGGGCAACCGGUAUUUUAGGUUGCGUCAUUUUCACCACUGGAAGAUCGCUCAUGUUUUUGUGGGUCUGCAUGCGAAGCUCCGUCAAGCUCCAUAACCAGAUGUUCAGCAGCAUCAUGUCAGCGACGAUGCGCUUCUUCGACACCAAUCCGUCGGGGCGUAUACUCAAUCGGUUCUCGAAGGAUAUGGGAGUCAUCGACGAGAUCAUUCCGAGGAUGUCUUUGGAGAGUAUUCAGGUGUUCAUGGUGAUGAUCGGUAUAUUGGCGAUGGUUGCCAUUGUUAAUCCUUACAUGUUGCUGACCACGGCUUUCUGUGGAGUUUGUAUGUAUUUGUGGAGUAUUCUUUACUUGCAUACAGCGCAAGCGAUAAAGAGGGUGGAGGGCGUGGCGCGCAGCCCGGUGUUCUCGCACGUGUCGGCCAGCAUGGCGGGCCUGUUCACGGUGCGCGCGUGCGGCGCGCAGGAGCUGCUGCGCGCGCAGUUCGACGACAAGCAGGACGUGCACACCUCCGCCUGGUAUUUAACUCUGAUCACCAACACUGCGUUUUCAAUAUAUCUGAGUCUUAUCUCGGCAUUGUACGUUGUGGUCGUAUCCUACACAUUCUUACUUCUCGAUGACGGAACAACAAAAUCCGGUAACGUCGGCCUAGCGAUCAGCCAGGGGCUCAUCCUGGUGAACAUGGUGCAGCACGGGAUCAAGAUGAUGACGGAGGUGGUGUCGCAGAUGAUCAGCGUGGAGCGCGUGCUCCAGUUCUCGAAGCUGCCGCAGGAGGCGGCGGCCGGGCCGCCCGCGCCGCGCGACUGGCCCACGCGGGCGCGCCUCGUCUUCAAGGACCUGUACCUGCGCUACGACCGCGAGGCCGAGCCCGUGCUCAGGGACCUGAACAUCGUCAUCGAGAGCGGCUGGAAGGUUGGCGUGGUUGGGCGUACCGGAGCGGGUAAAUCGUCGCUUAUAUCUGCUCUCUUCCGUCUGGCGCCGAUCGACGGUCACGUGUUAAUCGACGAUGUCGACACCGGCGAAAUAGCUCUCAAGGAUCUGCGAUCCAGGAUAUCCAUUAUUCCCCAAGAACCAGUGCUGUUUUCAGCAAGCCUGCGAUACAAUUUAGAUCCCUUCGACAAAUAUAGUGAUGCCGAAAUAUGGAUGGCUUUGGAACAGGUGGAGCUGAAGCAGUCGGUGUCGUCGCUGUCGGCCGCCGUGGAGGCGGGCGGCGCCAACUUCAGCGCGGGCCAGCGCCAGCUGCUGUGCCUGGCGCGCGCCGCGCUCGCGCGCAACCGCCUGCUCGUGCUGGACGAGGCCACCGCCAACGUCGACCCCAACACUGACGCCCUGAUUCAAAAAUCAAUACGUAAAUUUUUCUCUGAUUGUACUGUGCUGACAGUAGCGCAUCGCUUGCACACAGUCGCGGAUUCGGACCGAGUUGUUGUAAUGGAGGCAGGUCGAAUUGUAGAGUGUGGUCACCCUCACGAUUUGCUCCAAAACGAAAAUGGUCACUUUACAAAAAUGGUUAAUCAGUUGGGUCCCGCUUCUGAACAAAGUCUACGCGAAACUGCGCAUAACGCUUAUUUACAACAUAUAAAAUACGUCGACGCCGACGACCAAACGCAAUAACUUGCAAUUAUAAAGUGCAUAUUUACGUGUUACGGGUGUAAUAUUACGGUAGGGUGACUUACGACACAAUCAAAUCUUUUGUUGUCAUAAGCUAACUAGACGAUCGCGCGCCCUACGACGGCGAAUCCGCGAAUUUUCUUUACAAAGCUUGACAUAAUUAUAGACCCCGUAACACGUAAAUACUAAUAAUUUAUAUUAUAUUUAGUACUUUUAUAAAGCAAAGCUUUUGCUUAUGGCUGAAUUUUACGACAGUGACAGUGUGAUUUUAAUGAACUAAAUGGAAAUUUAUGAAUGUGCCUUGGAAUGUAUACUUUAAUGUUAGGCAUAGGAACUACAAUUUUUUUUAGCAGAAGCUCUUAUUGAACAAACAAAACAUAAGAUUUGCCUAAUAUAACAUUAAUACCUCAAGAGAAUUUUCGAUGUUUUUGUAGUGUGUUAAUAUUUAAAAUAUUACAAAUGGUGUAUGAAUGAUACAUAAUUAUUUACUUUUUAUUCAGAGACAGGUGAUUCACAAAGUUUACUUAAAAUAUUUUUAUAUUAAUAAAUACAUCUUAUAUGUAGAAUUAUAAGUGUAGUACUAUUUCAUACAGUAUACUUGUGUCCAUGCUGACAUAAGGUUCGAUAUAAACAUUGUUUUUACAAAUAUUUUUGUGGUUUUAAGUAGGACUCAAUAUACCAUGCAGGUUAUUAUCCACCCAUUAGUUAGAAAAUUCCCAUCCAAAUUAAUUUAGCUGUUCUUAAGAAAACAAACGAAUAACUAAGUAAAAUAAAAAUGGGUUUCAUGCAUUUAUAUUGUAUAAUUUAUGCUAUGAAAAAGGCAAAAGCAUCACAUAUGUAUCUUGUCAAUUAAUUAUAUUUGUAUGUGUAAUUUUGAAUUAUUUAGUUUAUAUAUACUGUGUACAUGCUUGAGUCACAGAAGACCAAAAUAAUUUAGGCUUAUAUGUCACAAACUACUUAUUCUAAGUACUUAAAAAUGUCAAAUUUUUUAUAAUAAACCAAUAAUGUUUUAUUCCUUAUGACUCCUUCUUUUGUCUAUCUUACAGUUUCCUUUACUUUUAUUUUGUUACUUACAGUAAACUUUAGAGCUGUGCAUUUACAAUUAGAUUUUGAUUGUUUUAUUUAAGAAUUUGAUUAGAUAUUAGUUAUAUAAUAUGUUACUUAUUAAGUGUUAACAUUGUAAUGUUCUUAAAAAACCAAGUAGAUUGUAAGCAAAUUAAAUAUUUGUUUAUUUAAUUCUAUAUAUUAGUAGAAUAGUUUAAUGUUUUGAAUAAUUGGAUUGCUUAUAAAGUAUGUUUAAAAAAUUAAUUAUUUAUUGAACAUAUAAAUGUAUAAAAUCAGUGAAUAUUUCAUUAUAAUAAAGAAUAUAAUUUUA